AACAGUGGGUCGCAAGUAUUUUACUUGUUGUAUACGUUCUCAUUUUGCAUUGAUUUUUUUCUUCACAGGGCAUCAUUCAUCCAAAGACCUAUAUAGCAGCACAGGGUGCUACAGCAGUUACUAUUAAUGAUUUUAUUAGAAUGAUCUGGGAACAGAAAAGUGAUAAGGUUAUCAUGUUAACUAAUACACGCGAAAUGGGGAAGCUAAAAUGUGAGCAAUAUUGGCCAGAAGAGGGAUGUGAAAGAUUUGGAGGCAUAACUUUGACUUUACAGGAAGAAACUGUUCGGGCUGAUUUCACCAUACGUCAUAUAUUCAUGAUUAAGGAUGGAGUUAAACAUGAAUUUCAUCACUUCCAUUAUACAAGUUGGCCUGAUCAUGAUGUUCCUAAUGCCAGCGAUUUGUUAGAUUUUCUCUACAUGGUUAAUAAACAUAAACCUAAUUCAAAUAUACCACAGAUUGUUCAUUGUAGUGCUGGUGUUGGUAGAACAGGAACAUAUAUAGCUAUAGAUUGUGGAUUAAAACAAGGAAAAGAGACAGGAAGCUUUGAUGUUAUUGAAUUUAUUAAAACGAUUAGAAAUCAGAGGAGGGGUAUGAUACAAACAGCCGGUCAGUUACAGUUUGUUUAUGAAGCAUUAACGGAGGGAUUUAAAUAUGGUGAUACUAGUUUAGACAAGACUGUGUUAGAAUCGCAGUUGGAUGCAAAUAAUUCUUCGACAAUAAUUGGUCAAAUGCCCCUUCAUGAACAAUGUGAAUAUUUAAGGCAGAUUACAGUAAAUACAGAUACCCAUGGCAUUGACAAGGACCAGGAUUCAUCAGCCUAUAUUUACCCCUCUAGAACAAACAAGAUUGGUUAUAUCAUGGCUGAUAUGAAUGGAUAUAACACGGAAUCAAUAUGGCAGCUAAUACAAAAUCACAACUGUUCAGUUACUGUAGCCUUUUUGAAUAGUUCGAAUGAAGUGGCUAUUUGCCCAGAACGUGAUACAGAAGAAAAAUACGGAUCAGUAGAACUGGAAAAUAAAUCUGAUACACGGGUUUCAAAUAAUUUAAAUUUGAUAACUGUUUCAGCUUCACAAUAUGAGAAUACAGAAAGAAAAAUUGUAAAAGUUUUGUUGAUGAAUGUAGACGAGCACAGAUCAUGGCUGGUAUUGGCUAAUCAGAUAAAAGAGUUGGUGGAACAGAUAGAUAUUCACCAUAAUAAUGAUAAUAAUCCAAUAGCUGUGUUUUCGAAUGAACUUUGUGUUGGUCAAUUAUUCUGUGUAAUAAGAAAUAUCAUACAGAGAAUAAAACUGGACAAUGAAGUUGAGAUAUUUGAAAAUGUUAGAAAAAUGCAUCAACAGAUUUCUUGUGUGAUAAACUCGCAGGAUGAAUACCUCAGCUUACAUAGAUUUGCAGCAGAAUAUGUGAAAUCAUCCAGUCUCUACGCCAAUUUAUAGACGAUGUUAUUGAUAAAUAGUGCUAUAAAUAUCAGAUCAUUUAAUAGUUAUGAAUUAUAAAACAACGAUUUCUUUACCUAUUGGCUCAACUUUUAUUAAUUUAUGAUAAUCUAUCUUUCAUUAAUCAUGCUUUAUCAUUAUAUAAAAGAAUAGCAAACCUUUAAAUUGGUACGACAAAUUCGGGAGAACAUAUCCCGUUUUACGACACUAAUCACUAUCCAUAGACAUCUAAGCGAUGGUCUGGACCCAAAUUUCGUAUAAUUCGGUUACGAACGCUAAACAUACCAUCGACAUUACCCAUCUGUCUGUGUCCACAAACGUUAUGUUUCCUUUUUUAUCUCCUAAUAUGCUAAUUCCUUAGACCACGGUUAGAGAUGUUGCAAGCUGGGGGCUACAUAUUCAUAUAUAUCUCAAAAUAUUGCUGUUAAAGAAACACAAAACAGCGGCAUAGAAAAGCACAGACACAUUGUGAAACUGCUGAGGAUUCAUAUUUUUUACUAGUAUUUUAAAAAUUGAAGAGGACUUAAAACAACUUUACUUCUGUGAUAUAUCUGAAUUAUCGGUAAAAACUGCCCUACGAAUAGAUUAUUUUCUAUGGUGUUAUUUCAUGCAAUCAUUUAAUUUUUCACCCAUUGCUUCGCUUGUCUAUGUUUUCAACCACCGAGUUAACCGUCAUAUACUCCAUAUAGAAUGUCAUUACCGUUCAUGUAUAUA